AUGUUCAACAUCUGGUUUCUGCAUCAUGAAGGAUUUCUGUACAAAGCGCUCACAAGUAUGGAGAUAGUUUAGAUUUUCAAAAAUACCAGAACCUCCUCACAUUAGCAGCAUGAAACAGCAUAAUUACAUGUUAUACUCGAGACAUGACAAAAUAAACUCAACCAACAGAGACAGGAAGCUGGUUAGUAAAACUAGUACGAGUACUGAAACCAUGUAAUAAGCUUCGAUGUAAGCGCAUACAUUAAUACAUCUUCAGGGAGCCCUUACCUUUGAGACUUGCUUUGUUCAGACCGUAAAACACCGAGAGUGUCUCUGAGAUGUCUCCUCGUACGCUAUGUUGGGGUAAACCCUGUCUUUGUGUGCCCAUUGAUCCCUCCUCUGCAACUUCAUGUACUGCAUUCCAGACAAGUUAGUCAAGCUCUGCAGGGUGUGUCACACACACACAGAAAAAAGCUGUGUGAUGGGGAAUGAUUUUUAGUGUAGACGCAGAGGAAGAGCUCAUAUUACACUUACUGAAUAAACAUAUGUAGCAAACAGGCGCUGUGGUACUCUAAGACUGUUUUGAUGAAACCUUUGUCACAGGCUGCUGGGAUGUUCUGGGAUGUUUAACUUAAGUCCUCUGACAGACCAGGGGUACAUCCAGUAGAGAGAUUUGAAGCCAAUCAGCAGUGGUCCCAAUAUUAGUAAUGCUGACUCAACCUAACUAUCAGUCGACCUAUCAGAGGCGGGGCCUUAGCUACAGUGUUCCUACCUGUCUGUCACGUCAGCCCAGCCUCUGAUUCACCACUCUCAGAUUAGUAUCUUUUUAAACAAACACAAAAAAUUGCACUCUGCACGGUGGGUGCAGUGAGAGAGCUCUUCAGACCAAAACAUGCCAAAAAAAACACUUUUGACCUUGAGUGGUGUGGGCACUCAGGGAACUGCUGUGGUCAGAACUUCUAUUGGUUUUCUCAAGAGUUAAGGUUACCUCAUGAUGUGUACAUAUAGAGCCCUGAAAGACAUAAACAGUGGAAGGAGCUGCAGUGUUGGUUAAAUACAGUAAAUAAACUCUGCAUACCUAUGUUUUGAGAUGAAAAUUCAGGUACAAAUAUUAACCUGUUGUGUCAGGAUUUGACCCUGGAAAUUCGCUCGCAAAAUUGAAAAUAUGCUUGCUUUUGCAGUGGGGUAUGUUCAUCUCUGAGCCUGAUAAUCAGUUUUAUUGUAUUCAGUUUAUUUUAUUUUCAGGUCCAACUGUCCUGUCUAAAUUAAUAAAAAUAAACAGUAUUUUAAUUAAUACUGUGAGAAUUUUUGGCAAAAUAUACCACAAUAUAUUGCCCGUAAACAAGGUCCAGAGAUAUCACAAUAUGUCAUAUCACCACUCCUACAGCAUGAUAUCCUAAUGUCAGAUUCUUGCAGAAACACAGCCCUGCUCAUUACGAAAAUCUUUGAAUAACUCACAGCAAUCAUCUAUUUAAAACGGAUGAGAUGUGGGAAGAUUUGACACUUUAGCUGGAAUUAUAGGCUGCAUCCAUAGCCCAGUUUAACCAGUACACCUGAAUUAAAUACACAGAGAUGUUAUGUUGUGUUGUGUUAUGUUAUGUUGUGUUGUGUUGUGUCCAGAAGAUGGCACUCUAAUCCAGCCAAAGCUCGACUGUCACCGUCACUGCAGGCUGACCUCCACAGCCGGAAAAGAGGACUGGAAAGAGGUAGAAAAAAGUUUCACUUGUGUCCUUCUUCUUCCUUCAUUUUUAAAUUGUCUUAAUUUUCCUGUUGUCCUUGAGUUUUUACAAUAGACUGUAUAUAAGAUGGACAGAGUCUGCCUCCUUGCUGGGUGAAGCCACUCCGAGAACAGUACCCUCUGUUGAUGGGCUGCAGUAUAGGUCAUAAAUCCCGCCUCCGCCAGCAAAGCUUAUGGAACUGUGGACAAACUUUAUUUACAAAUUUAUUACACAAAACAUAAAUUUUGUGUUCUUUUUCUGUGAAGCUCCGUUUUUAAAAGUUAUUAGGGGGAAUAAUUCAGUAAGCGUCAUCACAGCGACUCUUGGCGACUCUCCUGCCAAAUGCGCACAAUGCUACUGCGCAGCGCUGGUCUCAGGAAAUGAAAUUGCGGAAAUACCGAGAGGUUUUUGGCUUGAAAUCCGUAUACAGGCAGUAGGCGGAAUGCAAUAUGUUUGUCUCAUCAAAACACGCUGUGUUAGGUGUUAGAGGGAAAGGCUGAGCUGAUUUAACAAGCUCUCUAUACAUUAUUACUACAUCAGCUCCAUAAUUACAGGUAUUACACGCUCAAAAUCAAAGUCAAACUAAGGUGCAAAAAAAAAAGGAAAGAAAAUAUAGGGUCAGGAUCAGGACCUGGACUUCCCCCCGUCUGUUGGUUUCCCUUCCUGUUUCUGCAGAGAGGUCAGUUUAUAUUCAAGUGUGGAAGAAGGAACACAUGCUACCACUUCACCAUCCAGAAGUGCAAAGAUAUACCAUGAUGCAAUAGGUGCAUGUAACGGAAGAAGUCGCAGUCACAAGUUAUUUCAUCACAAAUAGAUCUGACAGACAAACUGUAAGACAAACUUCUGCUUUUGCUCUGAGUCUGAGUUGAAGCUGAUUUCUUUGAAAUGUCAGUGUUUCCCCAGUAUGCUGAGAUGACAGAAAGCUGUCUUGCAGGAAAGUGUGAGACCAGACAAACUGGCAGAUGUCUUUCCCAAUGCUUGGCCGUCAGAGGAAAUGAUGUUGCGUAUUCUGAGACAGAUUUCACUUCGACUGUCUUUGUGAAAUUUUUGUAUUGAAAUGUUUGUGUAUUUUAUUUUAUAUUUUUACUUAUCCGAAUAAUAAAGUUGUUAUUCCAACAAACUUAAAGCUCCAGUUAGGAAUUCUUUUUACAUAACAUCCGUAUUGAUGCCUUUUCAUGAUAUGCAAAAGCAAGAUGGCAGUUUGUAUAUGUCCUUGUUUUUAAUGCCUGAAACCAGUGUGACGGAGUAGGUGUCAGCUGAGGAGCCGAAGAAACAGCCCUCCUUUAAUUUCCACAUAAAAUGCUUUCUUUGAAUAAUGCAUUUUAGCGUUCUCACAAAACAAUACUUUUACUUGUUUAGGACAAGACAAGCUAAGACUGCUUUGUCCAGGUGCCAAAAUCAACACAAAUUUAAAGUUCCUCACAGGAGCUUUAAGACCUUUCAAUAAAAAGUCAAUCACAAGAAAAUGGGUUUCUUUUUCAGGUUCAUAGAGGUACGCUGAAGUGUAGCCUCUGUCUAACUCACUGUUUAGAGAUUCUUCAGAGAUUUCAAAUGAUUAAUACGAGUGAUAUCAUUCAUAACAAACAUUCUGUUAUUAAGUAAAUGUUAAAUAUUUAUGUAAGAUAAGAUGAGAAGAACUUUAUUUAUCCACAAGGAGAAAAUUAAUAUACAAUAAAAAUAAUAUACAAUAAAAAUUUUUAAAAAAUCCUUUUUUGGCUUGUCUCAUUGACUUCAAUGCAAAAGACCCAUAAAAUAAAACAGACAGGCUAUAAAAUCAUCAGGACUGAAAGAGUGUUAUCUCUCCAUCUGCAGGUGUGUUGUAUAGUGUGAGUCUUUGUGUUGUGUCUGUUUGAACUGGCAGCGUGUUUUGACUCGAUCAGUCCACAUGUGCUCUUAAUUUCCGUUUCCUAUUGGGCAAGCCUGACUGUGGGAAUUUCCCUGCUUUCAGAGAGGAAGAGAAAGUGAGGCAAGACCUUCAGGAUGUUCAUUUGAAACAUCUUCAGAGAUUUAAGCUGACACAGAAAAAAAACACGUCAUUGACCUAUUAAAUUGAGCAAUAGUCUAAUUAGGAUCAGGAAGUGUUAGUCAUCUGCUCAGUUUGACUCUACCGUGACUUUAAUUUUCACAGUUUUCAUGAUCAUAUAAAGGGAAAUAUUUACAAAAAGAUAAAAAUGCUACUAUGUUGAGUUUUUGCCCAUGCAUUUUCUCAAAAUAUGAAGGUUUUCCUCCCCAGAACAAAACUAAAAAAACUUCCUUCCACAAAAGCCAUUUUCUGCAAAUACAGUUUGCAGUCAAUGGUUGCAGAAAGAAAACACAUAAAACACAUAACAACAUGAUCUUCCUCUGGGGGGCUUCUCUGGGCCUGAGGUGAGGUCUUGUGGUCUAACAAAUGUAAAUAUGACAUUCUCUUUGGAAAUCACUAGAGACGGAGGAUCCCAGGACAACUUUUCACCUUCCAGAUCCCAGAAACCGAUCCCCUGGCAUCACAAAUGCUUACAGAGGGUAGUUGAAAGAAGAGGUAAUGCAAAGCAAGGUAACACUUUAUAUUAAGGUGGUUGUAAUAAGUUGUAAUUAAUAUGUAAUAAGUCACAAUAAGUGUUAAUAGAGGCUUGAUGAAUACAUUUAUUAUGUCUUAUAAGACACUUUUAUGUACUGAUUAGAAACUUAUUAACUGUUCGUAUAAUGUUGUAAACAUGAGUAAGAUGUUUGUUUACAUUUCGCUUCAUAAGGGAAUAUGAAAGCCUUAUAAUACUUUGUUAUGCUCUUAUUAUGCACUAAUAAAGCUCCUCUGCAGGUACUCGAUCUAAAGUGGGAACACUGCUUUUAAGAGUAAUAAAUACUUGAUGCUCAAUUUUCAUGAAGACUGAAUUGAUUGUGGAGAUGAAACUUAAAGAAAUGUCUGAGAUUCUAAGAAACGGGAUGUUAGGAGGAAAAAAGGAAGGGAUCAACUGAAAGUGAAAGCGUGAUGUUUCCCCCCUGGCAGUCCUGUGUGGGCGUCCUUUGUGUAUAAAAGAGAGUCCUCUCUUCAACAGGACAUCAUCUGCAUCCAGACUGAACACAAAGACACACAGAAGACAGAAGAGUCUGAUCCAGAACUUUCUACAGACACCAUGAAGACAGCCGUCAUCGCCUUCCUCACCUGCCUGCUCGUCCUCUGUGUACGAGGUGAGAAAACUGACUGAGAGUCUUUCAUAAUGUGACUUUAUUAUGGCAAAUUAUCUGGAUUCCAGGAAUGGGGGCGACAAAACCAACACGUUCAUUAAUGCAUUAAUUUACGCCACAAUUGCAUAUAGGGAUGUCCUUUCUCUGGUUUAUGUUCAUCCUGCAGCUUUAUGUUUAAGUUACAGACCACCUGUUGUCUUUUAUAAAACAUAUUUGUGUCUUUUCUUCAUACAGGACAGUCAGAUAACUCAUCUGAAAAGUGCAAGUGUUCAAACAGUUUUAUGGGCCGCGUCCACCCAAAGCUCAUCAAGGCCGGUCCAUUUAUUCACGAGCCCACUAACUUCUGUCCUCGUGUGGAGAUCACGUGAGUAACAUGGCUGCAUUUAUAAACACCUUUUUACUCUAGAUUGCUGAGUGAUUUGUUUUUCUAACCAGGUUUUCUCUGUUUUCUGUCACAGGAUCAUAACAACAGCAAACAGGGAGAAAUGUGUGGAUCCAAACUCUCCAGCAGGAAAACUCAUCCUGAAGAACAGGUGAGAUCAGCUGCUUUUACAGUAAACUGAUGCAGUACUGCUCUGAAUCUUCAGGAUUUUUUACUAACUGUGUCAAAUGUUGUUUCAGUCAAAAGAAGAAGAGCGCAGCAGUGAGCAUGACCACAGCCUCUGCUCAGACCAACACUCAGACCUCAUCGAGCCUCCAGUCCACGACCAAACUGUGAGAACCGGACUGAGGAAGAGAAACACUGGGGUUUUAUAUUGAAUAAUGUUCGUCAACACUGCCUAUGUCAUGUCAAUGUAAUAUAUGUAGAAAAGUUUUAAAUAUUCUGUUCUUAUUUGUGGAUAUAGAAUAAAUUAUCUGUAUAUAUUUUUGAUAAGAAAACAAUAAAAUCCAUCUGACUGGACUCUCUGAGCUCUGAGUUAUGUUUUGCCUCAUCCAUUUUCUUUUUUUGGAAAAUUGAGGGUUUGACACUUGGCACUAUGUUCCUGUGGACAGGUUUCUUAUCUUCACAGUAUUUUAUUCUGAUAUGAUGUAUUGCUAAUUUCUAUGUUGAAAUUUUUGGUAAGUGACACUUUAAACUGUUAUUAUUGACCUGACCAAUAAUUCAAUCAAAAUGAUCAAACAGGUAUUUUUUUUCUAAAUAAAUGAUACAUUAUUUGUUCAUGAAUACAUAAACCUUCUGAGGUAGCUCUUCAGUUAUGUUUUUCUUGAACCCUAUUGCCACAAUAGACAUACAUACUAAGGGCGAUGGUUGAAUUGUAGCUGUAUCAAUGAAGAGCCAUUCCUUUAAGAGCAGUGGCUGAAUCCUUACUAGUGUCACAUAUGACGAAUGUUACCUCCACUCAAAACUAAGACUUAAUAAUAAUACCUGAACAGCAUCAUAAGAGGCUUUUACUCACUCCAACCUGACAGAAUCAUUUCAUCAGUACUUUGACUUCAGAGUCUCCUCCAGAGAGAUAUGUUUGUUAUUAUAAAUAAUAUAGAUAUCAAGGGGGCAUGAGGGACAAAGGAGUUUUUCAGUCUGUCUGUCUGUCUUGAAAAAUAAAAAGGGAGAGUAAACCCCAGCAUACAGGACAUUUACCUCAGUCGAUGCUGUAAAGCGUAUAGCCCGCAGCAUUAUCAAGGACAAAACCCACCCAGCACAAAGACUCUUCUGUUUACUACCGUUUGGCAGACAGUACAGAAGUCUGCCAGCACACACAAAAAGAAUGAGGAACAGUUACUGCCCACAUGCAGUUCACUUACUAAACUCCUGACAGUACCACCAGACAAUACAAGUGCAAUAACCCACUUAACUGUCCAAUAUCAUCUGUGAUGAGCAAUACCAUGUGCAAUACAGCAUUCGGACACCAUUAUUAAUCAUCUGCAAUACAGCAGUUUUCAUACCUCAUUUUUAUCCCACCCACUUAUCCUCCAUCUCAUUCAUCCACACUCAGCUCCUACUGCAUCGCUUGUUCACUUUGUAAAUAUCUCCUUUUUUACUUUGUAAAUAUUUUUCGCACUAUGUAAAUAUUUCUCCUAUACUUUUAUUCAUCAUGAUUAUAUAUAUACGUAUACAUUUCUUUUUUUUUGUACCCUUGUUUUAUUGUAUUCCUUAAGUACUAUUGUGUGUUUGAUCUGUACCCCUUUGAGUCGAGCGGUCCUCUCAUCCAGGGCAUUUCAUUGCACUGUUGACCUUGUCUAACAUGCACAUGACAAAUAAACAAAUCUUGAAUCUUGAAUCUAAAUAUCACAGAUAUGUCGGUAAACUGUGUAAAAGCAUAAGAUGUUUGUUUACAUUACGCUUCAUAAGGGAAUUUAAAAGCCUUAUUAAAUUUUGGUAUGCACUUAUUAUGCACUAAUAAAGUUCCUCUGCAGGUACUGGAUCUAAAGUGGGAACACUGCUUUUAAGAGUAAUAAAUACUUGAUGCUCAAUUUUCAUGAAGACUGACUUGAUUGUGGAGAUGAAACUUAAAGAAAUGUCUGAGAUUCUAAGAAACGGGAUGUUAGGAGGAAAAAAGGAAGGGAUCAACUGAAAGUGAAAGCGUGAUGUUUCCCCCCUGGCAGAACUGUGUGGGCGUCCUUUGUGUAUAAAAGAGAGUCCUCUCUUCAACAGGACACCAUCUGCAUCCAGACUGAACACAAAGACACACAGAAGACAGAAGAGUCUGAUCCAGAACUUUCUACAGACACCAUGAAGACAGCCGUCAUCACCUUCCUCACCUGCCUGCUCGUCCUCUGUGUACGAGGUGAGAAAACUGACUGAGAGUCUUUCAUAAUGUGACACAAUUAAUCAUUGAUCAAGUAUAGUUCUGUGUUUAGGGAUGUCCUUUCUCUGGUUUAUGUUCAUCCUGCAGCUUUAUGUUUAAGUUACAGACCACCUGUUGUCUUUUAUAUUGACUCCGAGGGUUUAAUAACAUUUGCUUUGAAUUAAUGAAAAACAUAUUUGUGUCUUUUCUUCAUACAGGACAGUCAGAUAACUCAUCUGAAAAGUGCAAGUGUUCAAACAGUUUUAUGGGCCGCGUCCACCCAAAGCUCAUCAAGGCCGGUCCAUUUAUUCACGAGCCCACUAACUUCUGUCCUCGUGUGGAGAUCACGUGAGUAACAUGGCUGCAUUUAUAAACAACCUUUUUACUCUAGAUCACUGAGUGGUUUGUUUUUCUAACCAGGUUUUCUCUGUUUUCUGUCACAGGAUCAUAACAACAGCAAACAGGGAGAAAUGUGUGGAUCCAAACUCUCCAGCAGGAAAACUCAUCCUGAAGAACAGGUGAGAUCAGCUGCUUUUACAGUAAACUGAUGCAGUACUGCUCUAAAUCUUCAGGAUUUUGUACUAACUGUGUCAAAUGUUGUUUCAGUCAAAAGAAGAAGAGCGCAGCAGUGAGCAUGACCACAGCCUCUGCUCAGACCAACACUCAGACCUCAUCGAGCCUCCAGUCCACGACCAAACUGUGAGAACCGGACUGAGGAAGAGAAACACUGGGGUUUUAUAUUGAAUAAUGUUCGUCAACACUGCCUAUGUCAUGUCAAUGUAAUAUAUGUAGAAAAGUUUUAAAUACUCUGUCAUUAUUUGUGGAUAUAGAAUAAAUUAUCUGUUUAUACUUUUGAUAAGAAAACAAUAAAAUCCAUCUGACUGGACUCUCUAAGCUCUGAGUUAUGUUUUGCCUCAUCCAUUUUCUUUAUUUGGAAAAUUGAGGGUGGCUGAAUCCUUACUAGUGUCACAUAUGACGAAUGUUACCUCCACUCAAAACUAAGACCUAAUAAUAAUACCUGAACAGCAUCAGAAGAGGCUUUUACUCACUCCAACCUGACAGAAUCAUUUCAUCAGUACUUUGACUUCAGAGUCUCCUCCAGAGAGAUAUGUUUGUUAUUAUAAAUAAUAUAGAUAUCAAGGGGGCAUGAGGGACGAAGGAGUUUUUCAGUCUGCCUGUCUGUCUUGAAAAAUAAAAAGGGAGAGUAAACCCCAGCAUACAGGACAUUUACCUCAGUCGAUGCCAGCGUAAAGCCCGCAGCAUUAUCAAGGACAAAACCCACCCAGCACAAAGACUCUUCUGUUUGGCAGACAGUACAGUAGUCUGCCAGCACACACAAAAAGAAUGAGGAACAGUUACUGCCUACAUGCAGUUCACUUACUGAACUCCUGACAAUACCACCAGACUGUACUCUGUGCAAUAACCCACUUAAUUGUGCAAUAUCAUCUGUGAUGAGCAAUACCAUGUGCAAUACAGCAUUCGGACACCAUUAUUAAUCAUCUGCAAUACAGCAAUUUUCAUACCUCAUUUUUAUCCCACUGACUUAUCCUCCAUCUCAUUCAUCCACACUCAGCUCCUACUGCAUCGCUUGUUCACUUUUUAAAUAUUUCUCACACUUUGUAAAUAUUUCUCCUAUACUUUUAUUCGUCUAUACAUAUAUAUAUAUAUGUGUGUGUGUGUGUGUGUGUGUGUGUGUCAGUACCCUUACUUUAUUGUAUUCCUUAAGUACUAUUGUGUGUUUGAUCUGUACCCCUUUGAGUCGAGCGGUCCUCUCAUCCAGGGCAUUUCAUUGCACUGUUGACCUUGUCUAACAUGCACAUGACAAAUAAACAAAUCUUGAAUCUUGAAUCUAAAUAUCACAGAUAUGUCGGUAAACUGUGUAAAAGCUCCACCUUCAUGUCUGUGAGUUCAUCACUGUGUUAUACUCUUCAUUCAGGGAAGAGGCCACAGAAGCCACGUGUUUGUUCUCUGUGCUCUCUGUUUGCUGUUUUAAAUUUAUUUUAAACCACCUGUGUGCUGUGAUAGCAUCAUGAAUAAAUAAAAAGGAUGAAAAAAGGGAUAAUAAUCAUUUCCAGGAUAUUUUAAUGUAAAAUGUUUUAAGUUUGUUCUGAUUCAACUAUGAAAAGUAACACAAUUAAAAACCAGGGUUCUUGUAUUUCUGUACAAUGUUGUUUUCGAUAUCACUAUUACCCUCAAAGAUUGAGUGAAAGAAAAAGAAGAAGAAGAAGAAGAAGAAAAAGAAGAAGAAGAAGAAGAACUUUUUUCAUCCUCGAGGGGAAAUUCAAAGAUCUUGUGCAGGGUUAAUACAGCUUUUAUGGGCCAAGUCUAUCAGCCUUUCUUUAUUCUUAAAUCUUUCCCAUCAUUUAUUUUUGUGUUCUUCAGACACUGAUCAAAAAAUUCCCAAUGCUUGGAUUUUGUGAAUGGAUGCUAUUUUUAGACUUUCAUUCAUCUAUUGAAGCAUUAGCUCUCAAAAUGUUCAUUAAUGUACCUCUUACCUUUGUUGAUAUCGGGGUAAUACUGCCACACAGUGGAUGAAAAGUUCCCUCAAACAUUGACAACUAAAUUAUUCUCAGCUGCUCAGUUAGCCUGUAUGUUUAUUUGAAGCCAAACACCAGGCGUGGAGCCAGCCUCCUACAGUAAAAUGAGAAGCAUAUGGAAGAAACUGAGUGUAUUCCAAUGAAGGACAGACUUAUAGAGGGCUCUAAUUUUACAUUUUUUCUCUCCUAAGAGUAUCACUUUAUUUUGUGGUAUUACAACAUAAUUUUUGAGAUCUAUUUUUUUUAUGUGGCCCGAAGACUCCAUCAUUCAGGUGAAAAAGGGUCUCAUACAAUCCUCUGACAUGUUAACGGUUUAUGCGUUACUCUUAUUCUUCAUGUGUUUCUAAAAGAAAGUGUUGCAAGUCAUUUUUCCUCCAGCUGGAAUGUGACUUGUGCCGUGUCUGCUUUGACCUUGCAGUUUGCUCGUUUCCUAUUGAGUAAGUCAGAUUACAGGAAUUUCCCUUGUAUCUUGGUGAGGAAGCGAAACUGAGGAAAGACCUUCAAGGUAUGAAACCGAAACACUUUUAGACAUUAAGCUGACACAGCGGAAAAAAAGGAAAAGAAAAAAAAGGGGAAAAAAGAGACAUUUUGUAAUUGUCCCUCUUCUUGUAAAAUGGCUAAAAAUAUUUUUAUUUCACCUUGUUCACUCUUUCUUGUAACAUUUGCAAACCAGGUUCGAAACUUUUGACUAACUUAAAAUUAAAAAGUAUAUUUAAUCUUACUCUGGCUCUCUUUCAUUGUAAACCUGUACCUCUGAAUAAUUUCAGUGAUUGAAAUGUGCUCUACAAAUAAAUCUGCCAGUAACACAGUCUUACCACAUUAAAGAGCAAAAGUCUAUUACAUGUAAAAAAAAAACAUCCAAAGUCUUCCAUAAGCCAUUUUCUGCAAAUACAGUUUGCAGUCAGUGGUUGCUGAAAAGAAACACAUAACAACAUGAUCCUGGAACAGAGGGGGCUUCUCUUGGCCUGAGGUAAGGUCUUGUGAAACAAAUGUAAAUAUGACAUUCUCUUUGGAAAUCCUGAGAGACAGAUGGAUCCCAGGACAACUUUCACUUUCCAAACUUCAGAUACUGAUCUCCUGGUUUCACAAAUGUUUACAGAGGGUUGUUGAAAUAAGAGGUGAUGCAAAGCAGUGGUAAACAUGCUCCUGUCCCAACUGAUUUUAAAACUCUUUGAUGGCAUCUAAUUUAUGUUUUUGAGUUUCAACAUGUAGUCUUUGUAUAAUUUUUUAAUCAAACAAAUCCUUUAAAUUCUUGCAGAUUCAUUUUUUUUAUAUUACACUGUGUCCAAACUCUUUAAAAUGUGGGUUGUGUAAAAGUUUAUGAUUAUAAUCUAAAAACACUUUUCCACUUUUUCACUUUUCCUGGGGACUGAAAGGAUAGUGGAGCUGAAACUUAAAGAAAUGAGUGUGAUUCUGAGAAACAGGAUGUUAGGAUGAAAAAAGGAAGGGAUCGACUGAAAGUGAAAGUUUAAGGGAAAGAGUGAUGUCUUUCCUCGCAGUCCUGUGUGGGCGUCCCUUGUGUAUAAAACAGAGUCCUCUCUUCAACAGGACACCAUCUGAGUCCAGACUGAACAGAGAAACACAGAAGACAGAAGAGUCUGAUCCAGAACUUUCUACAGACACCAUGAAGACAGCCGUCAUCGCCUUCCUCACCUGCCUGCUAGUCCUCUGUGUACGAGGUGAGAAAACUGAAUGAGAGUUUUUCAUACUGUGACUUUAUUACAGCAAAUUAUCUGUUUAAUUAUUAUGUUAGACCAGAUCAGAUUAGAUCAGAUAGAAGUUUAUUGAUCCUUUUGGAAAGGUUCCCUAAAGGUAAUUAUGUUAAUGUAGUGAACCUUUGAGUGUUUAAGUGUUACAAGACAGAUCCUUUUCGUCAUAAAACACAAUUAACAUAUACAAGACACAAUCAUCGACAAAGUAAACUUUGACCACAGGGGGCGCCGAAACCAACACAAACUGAAAGUUUCUCAGUGGAGCUUUAAAGGCAAACUGAUUAAAUUUAUGGUGACUUCUAAGGUACUGAAAUAUAUGAUAAAAGUUACAUUCAUUUAUACAUAAAUAAAUCAUUGAUCAAGUAUAAAAUAUUAUAUGUUAUACUGCAGUUCUGUAAAGUGCUGUCCGUUCACCCAGUGGAUGUCCUUUCUCUGGUUCAUGUUCAUCCUGCAGCUUUAUGUUUGAGUUACAGACCAGCUGUUGUGUUUUAAAAUUGACUCAGAGGGUUUAAUAACGUUUGCUUUGAAUUAAUGAAAAACACAUUUGCGUCUUUUCUUUACACAGGACAGUCAGAUAACUCAUCUGAAAAGUGCAAGUGUUCAAACGGUUUUAUGGGCCGCGUCCACUCAAAGCUCAUCAAAGCUGGCCCAUUCAUACAUGAUGCCACUACCUUCUGUCCUCGUGUGGAAAUCACGUAAGUAAAAUGACUAAAUUUACCCACUUCUUUUUACUCUGAAUCAUUGAGCUGUUUGUUUUUCUAACCAGGUUUUCUCUGUUAUCUGUCACAGGAUCAUAACAACAGCAAACAGGGAGAAAUGUGUGGAUCCAAACUCUCCAGCAGGAAAACUCUUCCUGCAGAACAGGUGAGAUCAGCUGCUUUUACAGUAAACUGAUGCAGUACUGCUCUGAAUCUUCAGGAUUUUUUACUAACUGUGUCAAAUGUUGUUUCAGUCAAAAGAAGAAGAGGGCAGCAGUGAGCAUGACCACAGCCUCUGCUCAGACCAACACUCAGACCUCAUCGAACCUCCAGACCACGACCAAACUGUGA